CCAGAAAUGAAUGUAGACGAGAAACUGGAAAUGGAGACUGUUCAAGGAAGAGCCCCUGAGGAACCAGACAUGAAACUGAACAGUCAAGAAAGAACAAAUGAAGGUGACACUAAUGAAAAUCUAUUACAGGUUCUAUCCAGAAAUGAGGCUUUUCUGGUCCCAGAGAUCUUGGACACAGCCCAGGCCAAAGAGAAGAUUGUUGUCCCCAUGGUUAGCAACAUACUCCAUGUGUCCACAGGGGAGCUUGAGGUCCUACAGCAAGGCAGUGACCCCUCCAAGUUCUCAGAAAACACCAUCCAUCGCAAACUUGGAGACAGCCCCAAGUCCUCAGCAAAAACUAUUCAGUUGAAACAGGGUAACAUCUCCAAGACCACAGCAAAAACUACCAAUCCCAAACAGGCGAACAUUUCUAAAACCACAGGCCACCCCAUACAGACCAAGCACAGCAACAUUCCCAAGUCUUUGGCAAAAAACGCCCAUCCUAAACAGGAAAACAUCUACAAGUCUCCAGCAAACACCAUCCAUCACAAGGAGGCCAGUAUGCCCAAGUCUUCAGAGGAUACUGUCCAGGCAAAGGAGAAUGAUACCUCUGAAUUCUCAGAGGACACCAACCAGUACAAGGUGGGUAAUACCCGCAAGCCCUCUAAAGACACCAAACGGUCCAAGAAAGGUGACACCCACAGGUCCUCAAAAGACACCACCAAGUCCCAGGAGGAAGAAAUCACCAAGCCUCAGGAAGGAGAAAUCACCAAAUCCCCAGAAGACACCACCCAGUCCCAGGAGGGCAAUGUUAUCAAGUCUUCAGAAGCUACCAUUCAACCUAUGGAGGGCAACCUCCCUAAGUCCUCAAAGGAAAUCAUUCAGCCCAAGAAAAGCAACACCUCACAGCCUGAAGAAAAAACAGAGUCCCUGGAGCUAGACAUGGUGAAAGUGAUCACGGGCAAGGAGGACUUUGAGAAGAUGCUUAAGGAGGCUGGGGAGCGGCUGGUAGCUGUGGACUUCUCAGCCACUUGGUGUAGCCCUUGCAGAAUCAUCAAGCCAAUCUUCCAUUCCCUGUCUCUGAAGCAUGAGGAUGUAGUAUUCCUGGAAGUGGAUGCCGACACCUGUGAAGAGCUGGUACAAGACUGUAAUGUCUUUUGUCUCCCAACUUUUCAGUUUUAUAAAAAAGAAGAAAAGGUGGGUGAAUUUUCUGGUGCCGUUGUGGAAAAACUUGUAUCAAGCAUUGAAGAAUUAAAGUAA